AUGGAGUGCAAGGCCAAAAUGUUGUGCGAUGAACAGACCGGACUGAUUCGGGAUAAAUCUCGCGAACUGGCCAAGGUGGUGAAUGAGUUUAAUUUAGUCUCCCAAAUUUGGGCGAGUGAACGGGAGCUUAAACUGUACGCGAAUCAGCAACUCAGUGAACGGCUAGCUGCGCUGACGGGAAAUCCGGUCGAUUUGCGACAAGGAGAUCCCAUGCCUAAAGCACAACCGGCUUGGAAACGGCGACCAGACUUGGCUGAUCCCGUUUCUUCCAUGACGAAAAUGGACCAAUCCCCGCUGGUCUAUUCCUUGUUCGGUGCGUUGUGCAAAGAGAUUCGCCGACUACAAACACGAUCGGCCAAUCUGGUCGAUGCGUUGAACAAUUUAAAUUCAGGACACUGCAAUCCGGCACAGAUUGCUCAGAUUAACCUGUUGGUGCACCGCACACAGUCCACCCGAUCUAAUUCAAACACGAUCAAGACCCCCAAUCGUCGGGAUUCGCGAAGGCCCAAAUCCAAGAGCGAUCAGCUCCGAAACGGGUUCAGUUGGAGCGAGACUGGCCUGAGUUCUGUCUCUCCACACAGCCCCAUCACUCAUUUCGAUUUCUCGUCCAACUCCCAGCACAGUGCGGACGCGUCUCAAUCCACCACCUACGAUGCUUUGUUGCGCCACGAUCCAGCUGCGUUCAUGCUUCAGUCAAACAUCAAAGCGCGUAGAAGACGCCCGGUCUCGUUCUAUCUGAAACGCACGUUUGAACCGGUUCUCGAGGACAUUAUUCACGAAGCAGACGAAGAAGUGUUGGAUUCACCUUAG